UCAAGAGCCGCUGUACACGUUGUCACGGUAUGUAACAAGCUCUCUCAGUAGCACGCGCUUUUUCGCGUCCGCAGCAGCUAUCCCUACCUCUGUUGCUCAACUUGCCUACUUAUUUCACUGUCAGCGCAUAAACUUCACGAUGCUGAGAAUCCUUGCUGGCGUUGUCUGCCUGUUGUUGGUCCACGCAGCAGAGGAAGAGGUCACAGAAGCACGGUUACUUGUACAGAAGCGGAUACUCAACAAAUUUCUUGUUGAGGGCAAGGACAUCAUUGUUGACUACAACAUCUACAAUGUUGGUGGGAGUGCGGCCUUGGACAUUAAGUUGUCUGACAACUCCUUCAAUCCUGCAUACUUUGAGGUCACCAGCGGUCUUCUGAGCUUCAAGCUGAACAGGCUUGCUCCUGGCAGCAAUGUCACUCACACAGUCGUCAUCAGGCCUCUGACAUUCGGCUUCUUCAACUUCACAAGUGCUGAUGUUUCCUACAGGACAUCUGAGGACAGUCAAGAGGUCCAGUUUGCCCACACCGCUGAGCCGGGUCAAGGUGGAAUUAUGCCAGUGCGUGAUUUUGACAGGAAGUUCUCACCCCACGUGACCGACUGGCUUGCUUUUGCCAUCAUGACACUGCCAUCUCUUGGAAUCCCAUUCGUGCUUUGGUUCAACAGCAAGUCGAAAUACGAGAACAUUGUGAAGCAGUUCAAGAAGCACUAGGACACUUAUUUGGGGGGGGGGUGUGGAAGGGUGCAUUGUGGUACCUGUUGUUUUUUUUUCUUUUUGUCCCUCGGUGUUUUUGUAUUAAAAUACAAAAUGUA